AUGCGGAGAUCAGACGAAAACGCCGAGGCAAUAGCAUAUGUGGCCCCCUUGAUUGGCUGUGAUUCCAUCAGCUUCUAUCUGCUUCUCGGGCCUUCCUGCGCUCAACCCCGACCUCCUCUUUUCCGUCCUGCUGCACGCAGCACCCGUUUCGCCAUCCCCGCCAAUGGUCUCCGCGCCUCUGGUCGUCGCGGAUAUGCUUCAGAAGCUGGCUCUGAGAAGUCUGGCUCAUCCUUCGGCCUCUGGGCUCUUGGUCUCGGUGCCCUCGGUGCCGCAGGUGGAGCGUAUCUCUACCUGAACGGCGACUCCUCCCCCAAGGGGCCCUUCGUCCCCACCAAGGCCGAUUACCAGAAGGUGUACGACGCUGUCGCUCGCCGUCUGGCCGACGAGACCGACUAUGAUGACGGCAGCUAUGGUCCCGUCCUCGUUCGUCUCGCAUGGCACGCAAGUGGUACCUAUGACAAGGAGACCGGCACUGGAGGCAGCAACGGUGCCACUAUGAGAUUCGCCCCGGAGUCCGAUCACGGCGCCAACGCCGGUCUGAAGACUGCCCGCGACUUCCUCGAGCCCAUCAAGGCUCAAUUCCCCUGGAUCACUUACUCUGAUCUGUGGACUCUCGGUGGUGCCUGCGCCAUCCAGGAGCUGGGUGGUCCUUCCAUCCCCUGGAGACCCGGCCGUGAGGACAGAGACGUCGCUGCCUGCACUCCUGACGGCCGCCUGCCUGACGCCGCUAAGGACCAGCGUCACAUCCGCGAUAUCUUCUCCCGCAUGGGCUUUGAUGACCGCGAGAUGGUUGCACUGAUCGGCGCCCAUGCCCUAGGCCGCUGCCACACCGAUCGUUCCGGCUUCGACGGCCCCUGGAACUUCAGCCCUACUGUUUUCACCAAUGAGUUCUUCCGACUUCUUGCUGAGGAGAAGUGGGUCCAGAAGAAGUGGAACGGCCCAACUCAGUUCACCGACAAGACCACCGGCACUCUCAUGAUGUUGCCCACUGAUAUGGCUCUUGUCAAGGAUAAGGGCUUCAAGAAGCACGUCGAGCGCUAUGCCAAGGACAGCGAUGCCUUCUUCAAGGAGUUCUCCGAUGUCUUUGUCAAGCUCCUCGAGCUCGGUGUGCCCUUCAAGACUGACGACCGCAUCGUCUUCAAGACUUCUGAUUCUGAGUAA